UCUACUUCGAGCUCGUCUACUGCAGAGUAUACUCAUAAGUCAUAUUCAAUACGCAUAAGAUUAUAAGGACACUGAGCAAAUCGCUUGUAUUGAUUAAAUCUACACCCGCUUAACGAAAAUAUAGUUAAAAUGGAUGAAAUAUUUAAAAACAGCAACACACAAAAUAUGUUUGCACAUUUGGGAACUCGUGUUGGCAAUGAUUACGUCCCAUCCAAGAACUGUUUUGUUAUACUCAUGCAUAUCUACGAAAAAUUGAAUUCAUCAGAAGAAAGCGCAACGCAUCUUAGACAGAUAAUUGGAUUCUCACAGCUAUUAAGCAAACAUCUCAUACCAAUGUUUAUUGCAGUAAAUAACGACAAUAUAAUUGACAUUUUGUUGAAAAUUCUUGUUAGUUUAAUAUCGCCAAUCGAAUGUUUGAUGCUUGUUGAAAAUAGGGCUGGAGAAAAGGGUGAUAAUUCCACAUUACUUAGGAUGAAUUGGAUGAUGAUGACAAGUAAAGCUACAUGGACUGACUUAAAAGCCAUCAAACGAAUCAUGCAGAUUAUAAAGGAACAUAUGAAAAAAUUGUCUUGCUAUCCUGCAAGAUGUACAAACAAUCAAAGUAUAUCAUUUAUAAGUAAUUGUUUGCGUUUAAUAAAAAAUAUCCUUCACAUACCCAACGAACAGUAUCAAAAUACUUUAUUGUGGAUGAUAUUUUCUGAACAAUUUGACGAGAUUAUUAUUGCCUUGAUCGCCAAUUCUAACCGAGGACAUUGGGCAGUACUAAUCAUUGAACUAAUAGCUCUGAUUUUUAAGAAUCAACACGUUGACGAGAUGUCAAAGCAAAUUAUUAAAAUGAAUGAAACUAUAAGGUUUGAUAGUUCUGAGGACAAUGAAAGCAAUACAUCGUCAUUAUAUCCAAAGAACGGAAGAAAUUCAUCACCAGAAAAUGUAUCUGAUUUGUCAAACACAGAGGACAAUGAUAAUGAUAAUAAUUUGAAUGUGAAUCAAAUGAUCAGAAAUCUACGUAAAAACAAUUUGAUGGAUGGACAAGACAAUAGUUCUAAAGAAGUUGUAAAUCAAAAUUCAAAAGUUAAUACUGUAAAUGUAAAAAAUAAGCUCGAAACUAAAACUACAGUGGAAGAUAUUUCACUGUUACCUGAGCACGACUUAAAAAAAGAAGAUACUGAAGAGAAAAAUGAUUCUAAAAACUCACACAGAGAAUCCAGGAGAAAUUCAUUUGAACAAAUUAAACUUGAAUUUGAAAUGAAAACCUAUAAACCCACUUUUGCGAGUGACGUUUGUAGAAAAAAAGUGGUGUCGCGCAAAAAAAAAUAUACAAAAAAAAUCAUUAAAACAAAAUUGAAAUUACCAACUUUUCCAAUACAGUUCAAUGUACCAAAUGAGAUGUGCAUAAUAUCAUACUUUCUUCAGAAAUUCACUGUUUGUUUUUUACAAAAUGGAUUCAAUACAUUAGUCGACGAACUCUAUUACUUACUUACAACUAAUUCACAGCAACACAUAGAUACUUCACUUUAUUUCUGGUUAUUAACAUACUUUUGUAGAUUUUGCAAACUGAGCAACAUUGAAUUGAAAUUAGUCAGACGAAUUGUAUCUUUCAAACUGAUUUCAUUUAUUGUUCACGAGGGUCUUAAAAUAUCGGAACAAUUAACUAUCGCAAAACGGCAAAAAUCUCCAAAUAUUCAUUUAAAAGUCAGACAUUUGCAUUUGGCCGUCAUGGCCAUUAAAGAGGUGAUAAAAACUAUUGAGUUUUAUCGCCAAACUGCUGUCGAUUCUCCGAUGUAUGCAGAUCUAAUAAAAGAUCUUCAGAAUUCAGGUAACAACUCGCCAGAAUCAAUCACUUGGGCAAAGGACCUCAAGUCCUUAUUCACAUUGCUAAUCCGUUACUACGAUAGCGACAUACAGAUUAUUGAAUACUUGCACGAUUUAAUAGUUACAAAUCACAUGGUGUUGUCGUUGUUUGAUACCCUUAAAGACUGUUGGAAUUUAAAUGACAAUAUUACUGCAUACAUCAAAAAGUUUGCUGUUCCCGACUUAAUGUAUAAGUAUGGCGUAGUCCUGCAAAACUACGAAAAAAACAGCGAAAUAAUCAACGAAUCCGUGUUCACUAUGAUGCAUCACGUCAGCAAGGUUGAAAAUACUACAGCACUCUUUCAGCCGAUCAUUUUGAAAACGUUUUUGAAAAUGUUCGAAAACAAUGAUAUUCAGUACAAAAGGUGGUCCGAUUUGAUUGAAAAUGUUUUAAACAAGUUUCUAAAUCUACCUCAAACAAAGACCUAUUCUGAGAACGCUCUUCGAGGAAUUCCGCCUAUCUACGAUUGGACUUCAAAAUUUAAACGUUGAAUAAAUAAAAACGAAAAAAAAUUUACUUGUAACUACAAACACGUAGGUAGGUAGGUAUCUCAAAAAAUAAAAAACCAAAAUAACCGUUUCAUUAUAAUACGCGUAUUUGUUAUUUUUAAAACUAUAUAAUAAACGUAUGUUACCUAUAUAUUAUUCAUAAUGCAUAUGUAGGUACUGUACUGUGGUAAUUAAUAAUCAAAUCGCAUAGGAAGCAAUUUUUUUUUAAUUAUUCUUUUAAUUAUUGUUAACCUUAUUACAUGAUAGCUGCUUAUUUACAGAAUGCCUAUUAUUCUUUGAGUAGGUAGUACUUAUCUAGUAAAAUUACAAAGAAGUCACAAAAAUAUUUAGCUGGUGAUGAUUAUAAACUAAAUUACCAUAAAAGAAAUUUCAUAUGCUGGAAUUAAAAUAUUUGCCUGGAUAGUUAAAAGGCUUAAUAGACAAAUAAAGAUUACAUAAACAAUAUUGUUUAAAAUAAAUAUGUAUUAUAGACUACCAUACCAUAUUGGUGGUCAUGAAGGACAUUAAGGCACAAUUAGGGGCUCCAAUUUUGGUUAUGUAAGGUAUUUAGUGAAUUUGCAUCGCAUAUAAGUGAAUGCUACUUUGGAUUUAAAGAUGUUUUUUUAUUGACAUUUUGUUUACACAAAUGGGAAAUAAUAUUUUAAUGGUUUUGAAUAUUUUGAAUGAUAAAAAUAAAUCAUUUUUUUUAAUUUCAAUUCUCUUUCACUAUGGACAUAUUUAAUGAACACUUUGAGUUCUUUCACAUUAACCAUCUUAAAUUAUCUUCUAUUAAAAAAGUCAUUAACUUAAAGUGGAUAAAGUUUAAUACUAAAGGAAGAAUAAUUUUAACAUACCUAAACCUAUAGGUAACUAUGAGCGAGCUAGGUACCAAAUUAUAACAUUUUAGAUAGGAAAAUUUUUGGUGAGCAUUUUUAUAAAAAGAGGAUGUAAAAUAUGUUCUAUAAGAGUAGAAUUAUCAGCAGUUUUGUAACCUAUUAAACAUGCUGUAAAGCGACUAAGGAUCAAGGAAAAGUAUUAAAAAAAAUAGGUAGCUAUCAUGUUUGUAUCACAAUUUUGCUAUAAAUUUAGAAUUUAGAGUAAAGCAAUCACUUUCUUAGUCAUAUUCAUAAAAAAAUCACUAUUGAUUUGAUAUUUAUUACAAUAUAUUAUAUAUUAAUAAUUCAUUUGUGUUAAUUUGAUAAUUUAAUAUUAAUUAUGUAUGUUGUAUUAGGUAUUAAAAUGAGUAAUUAGAUUGAUCUCGUAAUAUUAUAUUCUGUUUCUCUUUAAAUUUUUAAUUUUAUAGAUAAAUAUUUUUAAUUGUAAUUAAAUCUAAAAUUAUAUGUAUAACAUGACUGCAGGGCUGGGCAAGGUAUCUAAAAAAAAACUAUCUCAAUACAAAAUACAUUUUGUAAUAUCUAAGAAAAAGAUACAAGAUAAUUUAUAUUUUUAAUGAUAUUUAUUAAAUGUAUUACAGUUAUUAAUUCUUAUUUCUAAUAUUUAAUAUUUUUAAAUUAUAAAUUUAUAAAUUAUUUAAUUGUGGUAUAUGAUCCAUGUUUUAAAAUAAAUUCCUUGAUACCUUUUUAAAGAAACUCAUUUUUGAAAAUAUUAUCUGACAUACUAGAUAAUAUACAUAAAAAAUGAAUAAGCCUAGUACAUUACAAAAAUAUUUCAACAGCAGCUGAAGAAUAGAGACUAGUAUUAUAUUUUAGAAAUAUUUAUUUUUAUUUUUGGGUAAUUAUUUAGGCAAUUAAGUGCUUUAUUUUUAUCAUUUAAAAAACUUAUAAAUUCAAGUUUGUUACUUGUCUGUUAUGUUCUUAUUUUUUCUCGAUCUCUUACUUUCUUUUUUCAGAAGCCUAAAAUAACAUAAUAUUAUUAACUUCAAGUGUUCAAUGUAAAAAAUAUUCAAAUCUCUUGGUCAACGACACUAUUAAUGAGAAUAUUAUAGAAAACAAAUGGCAUGGUUUUUUUUCCUUUUAAUGUUUCAAACCAGAAUUUAACUAAAAAUAUAAUUUUGGUAUUUAUAUACCUACCAUAAUAACAGUUAACUUGAUUUUGUAAAUAAUCUAAAGCAAAUGCAAUUGGUUUUAAUAAAAUUACUUAAAAUAUAAAAAGAUACUAGAUACAAUGGUAUCUCAAAUAUGUAUCUUAAACAUUUUUAAAUAAUAUACUGCCCAGCCCUGGGUAAGAGUAACAAAUUAUCAGUUAAUUAUCAACUUAAGACUAAUAUUGUCAAAACAAGCAAGUUUUUGGUACUAUUUUAAUUAAUGAAAAAUAAUAUAAAUAAUCGCCUUUUGCAUAAUUUAGUACUUACAUAUAAUUUAAACUUACUUUGAUACUAUUGUUAAAAAAAAAAAAAUCUAAUCAUAUAAUCUAUAGGUAAGUAUAGUAGUAAAAUUAAAAAUUAAUAAAGCUAAAUCGGACAUGAAAUUCUUUCGAGCAUUACAUUUAUAAAUAUAUAAGUUUCAUAGACUAGUUUAUAGUAUAUAUCUGUCACAAAUACAGUUAUUAUUAGAUUUAGGAUUUAAUAUCAAGUACCUACUUUUUGUUAUUUAAAAAAAUAUAUAUAUAAUACAUAGAAAAAUAAUUCUUAUACUUUACAC